UGCUGUUUGUUUUGAUGUUUUGGUUAUGUUUAAAAAUUUGAUUUUAAUUUACUAUUCUUUUUGAAAAAUCCUAUAAAACAUGGAACCUAAGAAGAGGACCACAGGGCAAAGUGAAGGUGAUGAUACUGCAAGCAAUCUAGAAGCUCAAAAUGUACAAAAAAGCCCUAAUAACAAAAAAGCCAGGUUAUUUUCUGCAAAAGAGUUUCGUACUAAAUUAAAAACUGCUGAACGUAAAGAAGCUUUGGUUAAUUUUUUGAACAUUUGCUCUAAAGAGAACGGAGAGUUUGCUAUAAAGGAGUAUCUAGAUAAAGGGGGCAAUUGUUUAGAACUGUUACAAUUACUAGAUAGUGAUCUUGAAAGUUCUCACUGUGUCAUUUUCAAUUUGGUGAACCAUAUACUUCUCCAGAUAAUUUCAAAUCAUCCAACGUUGCAUAGUCAAAAUUUAGAAGCUUGCAAGUUUCUCCUGAGCACAAAUUUUCCUUUAAUAAACAAAAUGUUGAGUUUUGGAUCAAUCACAGAAGAAAGGAAAAGCAUUCUAAAGCUUUUGGCAACAUUUGUCACAUUUUCUAAUUCUUUGGGAAGAGAAAUAUUACAAAAUAUUAAUUUUAACGUGGGAAAUUUGCAAGUGCUUUCAAAACAGACAGGAGAAAAGGACAGUGUUAGGAGCGCUUUUAUAAAAUAAAAAAGGAGUUCUUCCAGUUAUUGUAGAUGGGCUUAUUUAUGAUGAGGCAGACGUUGUAUGUAUAAUUUUGUCUGCAU